AUGGAUGCAAUAUACAGGGCUUGUUCUAGCUUAGAGAACGGUUACCUUCCUCAAGUUACAUUUGUUGUGGUGCAAAAGCGGCAUCACACAGGGCUUUUCCCGGAAGAUCAUCGUUCAGGGGCCAUGGCAGAUCGAAGCGGAAACAUCCUGCCUGGAACCGUUGUUGAUACAAAGAUAUGCCAUCCCAGUGAAUUUGAUUUUUACCUCUGUAGUCACGCCGGCAUUCAGGGAACGAGCCGUCCAACUCAUUACCAUGUCCUCUAUGAUGACAAUAAUUUCACCGCUGAUGCCUUGCAAACGCUGACUUACAAUCUGUGCUACACUUACGCACGGUGCACACGGUCCGUCUCGAUCGUUCCUCCAGCAUACUACGCGCACUUGGCGGCUUUCCGGGCGCGGCACUACCUGGAUGACAAUCACUCUGAUCAUGGAUCAUCUUCUGUGGGCGGCACCCGAAUGAAUGAUCACUCUGUCCCGGUAAAGCCACUGCCCAAAGUUAAGGAGAGUGUCAGGCAGUUCAUGUUCUACUGCUGA